UUGAUCACCUUCGACUGUACAGUGUGCGCAUGCCUUCCGGUGGACGACCAUACGUUGUCGGCGUUCAAGGUCGCCAUCGCCGUAGCUUGUCGCCGUUCGCAGUGGUGGCGUCCACGUUUCUUCACGGAGGCGGGAUAUCGUCGUUCCGCGUGGCGGUGUUUGCGGAGUUUUGGCGGUUGCGGUGGGUUCCGGUGUCGUCGAUGGAAGAGGCGUCCGGGAUGGUUAUUGAUGGCAUUGUCAGGGGUCGUGCUUUAACGACAGAUGAGAGGACGGCUAUUGCUGCGGCGGUGAAUGUCGUCCUCUAUCGUUGUCAAGUGGAGAGAACCGCGGGGAAGAUCAAAGCAGCUGCUCGCGUGCGACGGAAGGUGACAGCACUGGCGAGCAGCGGUGAAGGCUUGGACCUGGGAGCACUUUCGGACGCCGUCCUCCAGGUGUGCUACGCGUUGGGGUGCGGCGCGUUUCCGAGGGUGACUCCAAGAUGGUGGAUGAAGCAGCGGACGGGAGGAACAUGGGAGGACCUGCGCCAAAGCGACGACGCCACCGACGACUACUUCAGAGACAAGCUCCGAAUGUCGCCACGUGUAUUCCGCGAAAUAGCGGAAACGCUUUCUCCAUACCUGCAAUGGCGUGUGACGUUUUACAGAGUGCCUUUGCAACCAGAUCACAUCGUGGCGUACGCUCUCUAUAGGUGGGCGUCGGGUGAGACCUACGACAGCGGAACGUGCAGCUUGGGCAUCGAGAGGGCUUCUGGCAGCACGGCGAAGGCGGUCGUGUUGCGCGCGUUUGCAGACAAGGGAUUUCCAAAUUGCCACGGGUGCAUCGACUGCACCCACAUCUACGUGGACAAACCCGCCAACGCGAACGGGGAGGACUACUGUGAUCGGAAGAGGCGAUUCUCUGUCCAGGCGCAGGUUGUCGUCGACAUGAAUUUGCGUGUGCUGGACGUCUUCGUCGGUUACCCUGGCAGCGUGCAUGACAUGAGGAUGUUACAUUUGUCCAGUUUGUGGGAGCGCGCGGAGUCUGGAAAACUUUUCACUGGCCCGCAUGUCAUGCUGCCGUUCGGUGUCCGAACAAAUGGAUACUUGCUCGGCGACAACGGCUAUCCCCAGUCGGAAUGGAUUCUCGUCUCGUAUGGAGGUCUCGCGCAGCAUCCCACGGAGGCACGGUGCGACAACAAGCAAAAGACAACGAGGGGAGCGGUAGAGAGGGCGUUUGGAAGAUUGAAGGGCAUGUGGAGGUUAUUCCUGCGCACGCACAAGUGCAACAUGGACACGUUGCCGCAAGAGUUCAUCGCGGUGUGCAUCCUCCACAACAUACUGAUCGACGCAGGCAUUCCCUUCGACGACAACCUGUUGUGGGAGGUGGGUCCGGAUGGCGUCUGACGCAGGGUGGAUCUGGGCAUGCAUGCGCCGCUGCGUCCUGUUUGCAUGGAGUCG